CUUAGCAACCAAAGUAACCCGCAAUGCGGAAGGGCAAGGGGAUUGCGAGUCACCAAGUUUCAGGCGCGGCUUGAGUCAUGGCCUAGAAAGAGAGAUGUUAGAGUUCCCAGGACCAGGACAGAGUUGGUGGUGAAAUCUCAUGGGCGUCUGGAGAAGAAGGUCAGGCCCCUUGCUGACAGGCCUAUCCGUGGGGCUACUGCUGCUCUUCAGCUGGGUGACCCUUGUCCAGUCAACCUCUCUCUCAGCUGUGGUCCACCACCCUCACUUGUGCCAGACCACCCGGGAUGUCAAUGGCCACCACUACCCUGGUUUCUUUUGCCCUCGUCUCUCUGAUUCUCCAGAGGAAGCCUACUGCUGCCACCUGCAGGCUGCAGGGGGCUCCUGCUGCACCCGGGCUGAAUUUGAGGCCCUGUACCAAGUCAACCUGUCCGCUCUUCCGCCCCCGCCCAUCCUCAGGGGCCCAGGACAACUCCUAGUGCUGGGCCUCUACAGCCUACUGGUUGUGACCCUGAUGACCGCAGACCUUGUGCACUUCUGCUGCGAUCGGGGCCGGGGUCGGGGCUGGAGCCACCGCAGGCCUCCCUCUGGGUCCUCCGCCGUGAACUCCCUGCAGGUCUCCGCGGGGACAGCUUAGGCGCGCCCGGAGCUUGCCUGCACCUGCGAUCCAGAGUCGAGUGCCCCGCCCCUGCCC